CGCCUGGCAAGUUAGAGGGUCAAACCACUCACUCAGCUUAUCUUCGCACCACCGCCCUUCCCUGGGACAGAGGACUACCGAGACCGUCAAUUCCCCAUCCUCCGGCAAAACCCGAGGAUUAUACACUGGAGGAGAAGGAACUUGCGUCGGGAUCCAGUUUGAAUCGAGCAAAGGAGCCUUCUGACCAUCCAACAAGUAAUUGAAAGCAUUCGUAUUCACAAUACCAUCCUUCAAAUUACAUUAAAAAGAAAAUUUAUGAAAAUUCAAAAUUUUCAACCACCUCAACUAUGAAUCCGUUGGCUCCCUGUUCUUGUUUCUACUCCCUCCCCAAAUUCAACUUUAAAAACAAAAAAAAUAAAAUUCCACUUAAAAAGUUGAAGGCAAAUAAGAGGGAGGGAGGAGACACUACUUCUCCUUCUCCAUAAACUCUCUCCUGUUCCUCCUCACUCCCACUCCUUUCUCUAGUUCUCCUUCACUCUCCUCCUUCCUUCCCUCUCUAACUCUCUCUCUCUCCCCCAUUCACAGGCGUGGAUUUUGGCUUUCAUUGCUUUCUCUCUCUACCCUUUUCCUCUGUUUUCUUCUUCUCACUCUGUUCCUCUGUUUCUCUGUUCCCUCUGCUUUGUCUGAAAAUCAUCGCCCAUCAUCAUUCCACCAUGUCUCAUUCUUCCAGCUAGCCUCCAACACCACACCUUUCUCUCACUACCCCCCACCACCACUGUUCUGCUCCUUGUUUCUUUCUCUCUGCCAUCGCUAGAAAACAGAGCAAACCAACAAACCCAACAAACAGAGCAAACCAGAAACCCAUGGAGCGAUCAACAUCUUCCUCCGCCUCGAGACGCCAUCACAACAAUAGCAACAGCACCAAUAACCCAUCUUUCUCCUCCACUCUCCUCGACGCCAUCUACCGCUCCUUCGACGAUACCUCCUCCGCCGCCGCCGGCGGCGGCGGCAAGAACAUGAAGUUCUACAGCGAGAAGGAAAUCGCAGCCGCAGCAGCGAGGAAAGGAAAUUAUUACAGUGCUCGUAAUUUGGGGAAAGAAGAGAAUGGCUAUGAGACAAUGAAGCAGAAGAACAAGAAGCAGAAUCAGAAGAGCUCUGGCUAUGGAUGUGAGGAAGAGGCAGAGCGUGAGAAACAGAGGAGGCUUCUCCUUCAAAACGCCGCGUUUCGUGAGGUGCGAAGGAAAUCAGGGGUUGAGUACUCGAGCUCCAGCUCGUCGGAUUCGAGCAACGGAACCGGCGCCGGGUUCUCUUCCUCCGACGACUCGUUCUCCAUCCCUGUCCCCAGAUCCCAAGUUCUCAAGCCGAUUCGAACCUCUACCACCGCCUCAUCGGAAGCCAGGCUGCGGCAGGAAAAAUCAGACGUUGGCGGCGGCGGCGGCGGAGGAUUUGUGAAGAAGAAAUCGAGAUCGUUGAAGAACAUCUACGGCGACUUGAAGAAAGUGAAGCAGCCGAUUUCACCGGGCGGCCGACUCGCCAGCUUCCUCAACUCGCUCUUCACCGCCGGCACCGCCAAGAAAGCGAAGAUGGGCGGCGACAGGGACGAGAUCCGGCCUUCUAAUUCUACUUCGGCGUGCUCCUCUGCUUCAUCGUUUUCCCGGUCGUGCUUGAGCAAAACGCCGUCGUCCCGCGGCGGCGGAGGGGGGAAGCGGUCAGUGAGGUUUUACCCGGUCAGCGUCAUCGUCGACGAGGAUUCCCGGCCGUGCGGGCACAAGAGCGUGUACGGCGAGCGGCGUGAGGACGCAAUGGCGAUAUCGACGACGAGGGUGGUCUCCGCCGGAAUCAACAAUCCGGCGGCGGCGGUGGCGGUGAGUGAGGAACUGAAGUAUCGCGUAAUGAGCGAGAGCCGCCGCGUGGAGGAGGUAGCGAGGGAGCUUUUGAAGAGUUAUAAUCAGAGGAAGAGCGCCGCCGCGGUCGAGGAAGAGCUGUUUUCGUGGCGCCGACGUGGAGAUGAGGUGGAGAUGGAGGUCGAGGAGGAUGACGACGUGGCAAGCUGUGCCAGCUCGGAUUUGUUCGAGCUGGACAAUCUCUCGUCGAUUGAAGGGAUCGAGAGGUACAGAGAGGAAUUACCGGUUUAUGAAACUACCCAUCUCAAAACCAAUCGAGCGAUUGCCAACAGUUUAGUCUAUUAAUCAUCGUCGCAUAUUUUCCGUCGCUAAUAGUAAUGUAUCAAGAAAAGAAGUUAAACAAUCGGGAUUGGGGAAUUUUAGUUUUUAAGAGUUUCUAACUAGUUAUUUUUCUCAAUUUUCGUAAAUUGAAUAUUGUGUGGGGGAAUUUUAAUUUUACAUCAAGGAAGAGAACAAGAUUUCUCUUUUAUUAGUUAUAAAUGUUAACCAUCUUCCCUUCUCUUUGGUUUUGAUUAUCUUGGGUAUAUGUAUAUAUGAGUGGAAAUAUUGGGGUUGAGAAAUUUGAGUUCUAAGUUUUUAUCUAAUGUAUUUUUUUUUUUGUUGUUGUUGUUUAUCUAAUGUAUAUUGAAUCUUGUGGGUUGUUGUCAAUAUACAAAAAUGAUUUAUUUGGUUAACUAAAAAUGGUUAGAUAAUGAAUAUACCUUUAUAUAUAUUUAGCAGAAUUGAGCAAGAUAGAUGGCGCCGGUUGAAGGAACUAGUUAGAAAUGGUUAGAUAAUGAAUAUACUUUUAUAUAUUUAGCCAAAUAACUAGCUAACCUACUAAGUUAGUUUGAUAAACAUGUUAACUACUCGAGUUAUAUCAAUUUUCUAACAACAGAGCAGUCAGUUUCGUAUAAUGGUAGGUAGUGAAGGUAUUCCAAUAUUAACCAUAUUCUUUAUUUUUGCUUGAAUUAUCAAGUGUGUGUAUAUUCAAGUGGACUCAUUAGCAUUGUCUAUAAUUAGGUGGUUGAUUUGGUGGAAUUUAAAAAGUAUAUGGUUGGUUGUGUAGAAUUAUGAAUCCUACCAAGAACUUAAUGGAGGUUAGGGAACAAAUAUAUAAUACCCAAACAAUACAAAACUUUAUUCCCCAUUGUUUAAACUAACCCUUUAUUGUCCAAAAUUAUCGGAAAUAAUUAAUAUGGUUUAACUAUGCAUUAAAGUGCCAUGAUCAAGAUCUUGUUAAGAGAUGGGAGUGGGAAAUCUUGAACAAGUAUGUGCAUGAGAGACUGUGAUGAUUUUACUUAAUUGUUUAUGUUUGCAAAUGAUAUUUUAAUUGAAUUGAUGUGAAAGGAUGUUUAAGAGCCUCUUCCCACAUGAUGAGAAAUUAAUAAUGGAAGGGGGUAAAAGAAGGAGGUUAAAAGAAGCAAGAUGAAGAUUUUCUAACUUGGGGAAUCUAGAAUUAUAAUGGAAGAAAAUUUAAAAGACGCUUACUUUUUUCACCCCAUUUUGUAAUUAGAAUAUAUUGGACUAGUAGGGCCUUCUUUCUCCUUCAAACCAACAACUUAAUUGUCUAGUUGAAGUGUGUUUUUUCCAUCUCACACUUUUUUUCAAUUAGUUGUCGUUUGCAUUCCUAUUCGUAUCACUAACUAAUUGUGUUCAAAUAUACAAGUGAAGCGAAAGAGGUCCAACCCAAUUGAUAGGGAGGUGUAUUGGUACGGGAGAGAAAUCAUAAGUUUAAUUUCUCUUCGUCAAUUGUUGCUCUGUUUAAGUAGCACAUAUCCAGCCAGUGAUCAAUGACCUGUCUAUAAUGAAGUGGUGAACAUAAUUUGAUGGGCAAUAUGUUUGUAAGAUGUUGGGGGUAUUAUGAGCAAGGCCCAAUGGGCGACAAAUUGGGCUUCCAAACAGCCGAAUUGGGGGGCAAGGCCCAACCAAGGUGGAGGGCACAUAAGGACAAGUCACUAGAAGCCAAAGGGGGCCAGGCUGUCAUGUGGUCCAGCGUCUGCGGGUGCCUGUCACAUGCCAGAAGCCUGACAAGGUGGUUGGGAUAUCUGACCAGAAAGGGACAAAGCAUUAAAUGGAGACAGUGAGG